UGUACCGCACGGUGUGAUCUCCGGCCUGUACCGCACGGUGUGAUCUCCGACCUGUAGGAGCCUCCUAUAGCCGCCAUACACAUCACCUACCCGGCUCCAGCUGUGAGAUCUUUCCGCUACAAUGUAUCAUCUGCCAGACACUCAGCAUCCUCCAGCCGGGGGGAGAGAAGGGUCCCCCGGGCUGCGCCCCGAUCACGGCUGCGCCAUCCUGUCCGAUCACCACCGCAACAAAGAGGCGACCCUCCCCCUGAUCAACCGAGAGGAGGAGGGCUCCGUACACACACAGCGGCAUUACCUCCACCGCCGACUGACUGUGACGUCAUGGGAUGGGGGGCGGCACCUGCUGGAGGAAACACUCACUGCAACCCCCCAUUAUUGAUGCGUGACCACCAGCAGAAUAGGUACCGGACGUGUCGGGAGGAUUCAGCGUGAACAAUUCUCUGACAUUGUGCGGAUCAGUCACACUCCGGAAACCUGACGCUAAAGGGGUCAUCCGGAGCUCGCACCGCAACCGUCACCUCCCACCGCGCUGACACCACCAGAUAAUGGACCUUCUCCUGGGACCUCACAGUUUACGGGAAGCCUUGGUCUAGGUGACUGUGAAGAUAUCUACAAUCGUGGGACAACCGUCGUACAAAACCAACCGGGCUGUAAUAAUCCGGGUCCAGGGAUUGUCAAGACAUGUCCUGCUCCGAAGCCUCCACCUCAAGUUACAUCAGAUCGUCCCGAGAAUGCGAGGAGGAGGAGAUCGGGACCCAUCCCGACUUUGUCACCAUAUCUGACGAGGGAACGUUGGACUUCAGACCAGGCUGUAACCAGACGGCUCAGGAUCUGGUCAACUCCAUAUUGUCACCUCGGACCUGGGAGAAGUAUCUGGCCUCCUGGAAAUCCUGGAUACAGUUCCAGAAAGCAGCGCGCCAAAGAGGUUGGUGCCGGGCAGAGAAAAUUAUGGUGGAUUUCUUUGAACAUCUCAUAGCCAGUGGGUACAGCCGGGGUAAAGUGGUGGGCACCUUGGCCGGGAUCUCCUUCUGCUUGCAGAUCAUGGAAAAGAAAGAUGUCACCAAGCAGUUUAUAAUCCAGCAGAUGCUGACCAGCUGGAGGAACAAGGAGAUGGAGGACAAUGUGGAGACGGAGAGCAACGGGGACUAUGGCGAGCUCCUGACCCCCGAGAUGCUGGCCUCCGUGCUCUACGCCACCAAGAAGGUUUGCUUCGACAGCAACGAGAGUCGUCUGUUUGCCGCCGCCUUCACUUUGGCGUUUUACGGGCCCUUUGACAUGGAAGAGCUGGUGGCCAGGACCAAAGACGAAGACGGCACGGGCCUGGCCUUCAAAGACGUCAUCAUGGAGCGCAAUUCUGUCUUUUGCAAGAUGCAGAAGGUCCGAUCCAACAAAAGCCAAUGGGUGGAAGUCAAAAAGCGAGAUGACAAAUUUUUGUGCCCUAUGAAUAGAAUCAGAAAGUUCUUAGAGGUGAGGCCGGAGGGGGGUAGAAACUUUUUUAUUCAUGAAAACGGAACGCCGCUAACUCAGUUCCAGUUCAGCAGGGUCCUGUCCUUUGCCUUGGAGGAAGCGGGUCUCGAUUCUAGAAGGUUUGGACCUCAUGCCCUUUGUUACAAGACAUAAAGAUGCCCUACUGUGUCCACAGGAAGGGGGAUGGGGGGCACCAAACCUGAUAAAGGGGUAAAUGCAUGAAUUAGAUUCUGUCAGAAGUCUCCGGAACUGUUCACACCUCGUGUUUUGCUUCCAUUGGAGGAGAAUGUUCAGUCUGCGGGGUGUCCCACUGUAUAGGCAUCUAGUGCCAUAGACCACGGUGUACAUUGUUUUCACUGUAUGUAGUACAUUGUGCUUUAUGGUACAAUGACAUAAAAAAAAGGAUAUAUUAUAGGGGAACUCUGAAAAAUACUAAUCGACAGGUGGCAGAAAGUUAUACAGAUAUUGUAAAUUACUUCUAUUUACCAAUCUCAAUCCUUCCAGUACUUAUCAGCUGCUGUAUGUCUUGGAGGAAGUUGUGUAGUCUUUCCAGUCAGACACAGUGCUCUCUGUUGCCACCUCUGUCCUUGUAAUUUUUUUGGAACGGUCCAGAGCAUUGUCAAAUCCCGAAAGAAGACCUCUGCAUCCUCUGGACAGUUUCUGAUGUGGACAAAGAUGGCAGCAGAAAGCGCCGUGUCUUACUGGAAAGACUACAUGACUUCCUCCAGGACAUACAGCAGCUGAUAAGUACUGGAAGGCUUGAGAUUCUUAAAUAGAAGUUAUUUACAAAUCUGUAUAACUUUUGUGCCACCUAUUGAUUCGUAUUAUUCAUUAUCUCCAGAAUACCCCUUUAAGUGUACUGGGGCCUGAGGACACAGGGGGAACCCCUGACAUCUACCUCUGAUGUGGUCAAACAUGAGAUGUGAACAGAGCCUUAGCUGGAGGGGAUAAUUUAUAAUGUUAAGAUAAUAGAUGUUUAGAGUGCGGCCUACUAUGAAGACUCUGCUGUCUAUGUAGCCGAUAUAGGUCAAUACAGGGAUACAAUGCCGGGUAUCGCCUUAAUUUCCAUUGCAGGUGAAUACAAUCUAUUGCUCUCUGCUGUCAGCCAAGAGAGAUGGUAAAUGACCCUCACGUCCAUACAGGAGAUCGAUGGGUCAUUGGUGAAUAGUGGGGCCCCCUGUACGUUGUUGGUCUCCUCGGUUGUGUCGGGUGGGUUGUAGAGAUGUUGAGGUGAAUGGUUAGAUCUUUAUGUCCUGACUUUGCAAAACUCCAGUACAGUACCCUAGAUCACCAAACUGUGGACCUAGUUGCUCCACGUAGAUGCCGGGACCUUCUAGGACAGUGGUCUCUAAAUGGUGGACCAAGUUGCACCUCGUAGACGUGGGGUCCAUCUAGGGCAGUGGUCUCCGAACUAGGAACCUAGUUGCUCCUUGUAGAUGUUGGGACCUUCUAGGGCAGUGGUCUCCAUACUGUGGACCUAGUUGUUCCUUUUAGAUGUUGGGACCUUCUAGGACAGUGGUCUCCAUACUGUGGACCUAGUUGUUCCUUGUAGAUGUUGGAACCGUAUAGGGCAGUGGUCCCUAAAUGGUGGACCUAGUUGUUCCUUGUAGAUGUUGGGACCAUCUAGGGCAGUAGUUUCCAAACUCUCGACCUGGUUGCUCCUUGUAGAUGUUGGAACCGGAUAGGGCAGUGGUCUCCAAACUUUUGACCUAGUUGCUCCUUGUAGAUGUUGGGACCAUCUAGGGCAGUGGUCUCCGAACUGUGGACCUAGUUGUUCCUUGUAGACUUUGGAACAGUCUAGGGCAGUGGUCCCUAAAUGGUGGACCUAGUUUCUCCUUGUAGAUGUUGGGACGGAGACUCAUAACGUCACGGUCACGACCA